AUGAUGCAAAAGCUGCAAGCCCUGGGUCCCGCCCUGAACAAGGUGGCGAUCGGCGCGGUGAGCGUUGGUGCGGUGGGUUAUGCGUUGAACGAGUCCAUGUACACGGUCGAUGGCGGCGAGCGGGCCAUCAUCUUCGAUAGAUUGAGGAACGGUACUCGGGACUUCAUCGUCAAGCCGGGCACUCACUUCCUCAUCCCCUUCCUCCAAUUCCCCAUCAUCUACGACACCCGCACCACCCCCUUCAACAUCAAGACCGAGACCGGCAGCAAGGAUCUGCAGCGAGUGAACAUCACGCUCAGGGUCCUCUACAGGCCGGACAAGAAGAAGCUGCCCUACAUCUACCAGAGGCUCGGCGUCGACUACAGCGCCAACGUCUUCAACUCAGUCGGUAACGAAGUGCUCAAGGCCGUGGUGGCGCAGUACGAUGCCACUGAGCUCAUCUCGAGGAGAGAAACGAUUUCGAACCAGAUUCGGCAGAGGCUCGUCAAGCGUGCCGGCACCUUCGGCCUCAAGCUCGAGGACGUGUCGAUCACGCAUCUCACCUUCUCCCCCGAGUACGUGCGCGCCAUCGAGCACAAGCAGGUGGCCCAGCAGCUCGCCGAGCAGGCCAAGUUUGUCGUGGCCAAGAACGAGCAGGAGAAGCUCGCCAAGAUUAUCGUCGCCGAGGGCGAGGCUGAGGCUGCCGCCCUCAUCUCCAAGGCCAUGAGCGGUCCCGGCUACAUCGCGCUCAGGCGCAUCGAGGCCUCUCGCGACAUCGCCGAGGAGCUCAGCCGUUCCAGGAACAUUGUCUACCUCCCCUCUGGUACCAAUGUGCUCAUGAAUCUGCCCCAGGUCGGUCAGCAGUAA